GCUAACGGGUUCUGGUCCCUCAUGUGCCCCAACGAGUGCCCGGGCCUCGCGGACUGCCACGGUGCCGAGUUCGAGGCCCUCUACGAGCGCUACGAGGCCGAGGGCCGCGCGCGCAAGGCCAUCCCCGCGCAGCAGCUCUGGUUCGCCAUCCUCGACAGCCAGGUCAAGACGGGCACGCCCUACAUGCUCUACAAGGACGCCUGCAACGACAAGUCGAACCAGAAGCAUUUGGGCACGAUCAAGUCGUCGAACCUGUGC